CACUUUCCUAUCGCAAUACGGGACAGGGAAUCCCAGCUGAUCUGAAAGGCACAGCUGUGAAUAGAUUGUACCAGCCCCAUCACUGACAUGUAGAAUAAACUUACUGCUCGCAUGGAGCUAUUACACAUCUCAGCAAAGACACAGACACUUGAUGAAUGUAACAAUGUGGACUGGAGUUAUAACACUUGGAAGAACGAUGACAAAAAUUCCAGUGCUCAAUGUUAUGACAAUCAAUUUUUGGCUUCUGCAGUUUCACCAGAUCAGUAUGAAUCAAUACCAUUAGGACCCUCUUUUGAAGGACCAGAGCAUCUCAAAUCCUUUCAAGAUGAUUACUCCAAAGGAAGAAAAAACACAUGUUGUGUUGAAGAACUGGAAACCUCAUUUACAUAUGUUGAUGAGAAUGUCAAUAUAGAACUUGUGACCCAUCCACUUUCCAAUAACAACUACAAUGAGAAUCUAUACCACAACUCUGAGACAGAAAUUCAUCCAGAAGGGAUACAUGAAGCCUCCAUAAUGUCAGAUGAUGAAGCUGUGUCAGAAGCCUCAGGAAAGUCGGUUGAUUAUGGCUUCAUCAGUGCAGUUACUUUCCUAAUUACUGGGAUUUUACUUGUAAUCAUUUCAUACCUUGUCCCUAAGGACGUAAAAUCAGAUCCAAACCUGACAUCAGCCAGAGAAAUGGAAAAGAUUGAAAAAGAAAAUGCUAGAAUUGGAGCACAUUUGGAUAGAUGUGUAAUCGCAGGGCUCUGCCUUUUAACACUUGGUGGUGUAGUGUUAUCAGUGUUAUUAAUGGUGUCAUUAUGGAAAGGGGAAUUAUACAGAAGGAAAGCAUUAGCAGCUAAAGACUCUGCAAAAUUGUAUGGAUCUAUUAAUUUUAACCAUUCGAAGUCUGGUGGAAAUGAAAACACAUUAGUGCAGGAAGAAACAAUUGACAUAAUAGCUUAAAGGGAAAUAAUCAGUUCUAUAUCUGUUGAGGUUUUUUUUUUACUAACCCAGAAAUAAUAAUGCUUUAAAAAAUGUACAUAACCCUUGCUACCCAUGUGGUGUGCACAUUGCAUGUGUCAAAGUUCAGAUUUCUGUUUGGAAGGCUAUUAAUGGGGAACUGUACUCAAAAACGUUCUAUUAUGUAAAUAUGUGUAAAUAUGAGUAAAACUUUUUUAUAUUUAAAUUCAAGCUAA